AUGCACUGCAGCUCUUAUGAGCUUUUAUUCUUUUCUUCCAAUUCUUCCAGUUCUUCCAAUUCUUCCAGUUCUUCCGAUUCCUCCAAUUCUCCAAAUUCUUCCAAUUCUUCCAAUUCUUCCGAUUCUGCCGAUUCUUCCACCCCUUUCCAUUCUUUCACUUUGCUCCAACUUUUGCAUCAAGUUUGGUCUUUGGUUUUUGGGUUGAUUUUUGGGUUACCUUUCCCUCUAGUUCCACUGCCAGCUCUAGGUAGAAUUUUGGGUUGGCUUUUGAUUUAG